UUGUCGACACUUCUUCCACCGUGUCCAGGUCUGACAGCAGCCGGGAUGACAACAUGGAUAACACACAGUCAGACCACAACAACCCGCUCCGCUAUAAAAACCACCGACACACACCGAGCCAGAGACACACAGAAACUUUGUACCGGAGCAGGCUACAUAUCUACGGGGAAACAUGGGCGUCAUCAUCUCACAAAUCUUCUCCAGGUUCAUCUCCAAGACACCCGUCAGGAUUUUAAUGGUUGGUCUGGACGCCGCAGGUAAAACCACCCUGCUGUACAAACUGAAGCUGGCCGAGGUCGUCACCACCAUCCCGACUCUGGGGUUCAAUGUGGAGACAGUGGAUUACAAGAACAUCAGUUUCACAGUUUGGGAUGUCGGUGGUCAGACUGUGAUCAGACCUCUCUGGAGACACUACUUCGCCAACACACAGGGCUUGAUAUUUGUGGUGGACAGCAACGACAACGAGAGGCUUAAAGAGGCUGCAGACGAGCUGCACAGGAUGCUGGAGGAGGACCAGCUGAGGGGCGUGGCCAUACUGGUCUUUGCCAACAAACAGGAUUUACCCAGAGCCAUGUCAGUCAGUGAAGUCGCAGAGGGCCUCCGCCUGUCAGGAGUCUCACAGCCGUGGUUCGUCCAGGCCUCGUGUGCCGUCAGUGGUACCGGUCUGGCCGAGGGUCUGGACUGGCUCUCCAACCAGAUCCUCAAACAUUAGAGGCCAAUUCAUUCAUCGAGCGCUGUGCUUUACCCUGGUAUCUGCUCGGUCCUUGAACGCCUCCAUCUGGUCGUCUGUGAGCGGAGCCGAUGAAUCAGGAAGGAGACGCGAGCUGUUAAAUCCUCUCCAUCUCAUCUCAUCCAUCUCUCAGAAGAAUCUGGUUCAGUUUUUGGUUCUUAAAAGCACCGUUUAACAGAUUUUAAUUUUCAACUGCACUGAUCCUUUUCAUUUGUUAUCAUUUUGCACUUUGUUUCCCGUUUGUGGAAUGAUUGUCAUCAUUUUAUUUUUCAUGUAUUAAAUCUUAAAUAAAUGUAUAUUUAUAUUAAAUAGUGAUUAGUUUUAUAAUAAAGUUACUAUGGUGUCCAGUUUCUGCCUUUUGUAUCGAAUUGAUUUGAUUGAAUUUAAUAAAUUCAAAUGGUACAAGUUUAUGUUAUCAUGGUGAGUUACUUUAAAUUUGUAUUUACUUUAUCUGAUUUUAUUCUAGAAAAAGUCAGUGGUUUCAAAUUUGUGGGAAUUUAACUUAAUUGAAUGAAUCACAUGAUCAGUGGCAACACAUCACAGGAACGAGUUGCUUUAGGUAAAAAUGUAAAGAUUGUUAUUCACCUGCAGUAAUUUGAGAAAUUGGAAAUGACUAAAAAUGGAAAAGGAGAAAGACUAGUAUUUGUUAUUCAUGAGGGAGUAAAAAUAGUUUAUCCUGACAAUUAAAAUUUACAGAUUUGUCUUUUACAAAUAAAACAUUGAAUUAAGCCAAACUGACGGACUCAGGCGGGUGGAGUUAGUUCUUUAUUUAUCCCCGAAAAGCCUCUCAUUAUUAGUCAUGACACUGGAACAUUGAUCACUGAAACAUAUUUACAGCUCUCUAAAACUUUUUUUUUUUUUUAAUUUUCUUGGUAAAGUGCAGCUCCUUCAGCACGAGUCCUUCACUUGGUUACAGCAGGAGAACAGCUUCCCAAAAAACAAACAAGCAAAAAUGAAACCAUCACCUGGUGUGUUUCAGGCUUUUCCAAACCUCUAACGUCCCCACACACAAAGAGACAUCCCAACACGCCCACAACACUGAAAACAAAGCUUAUUUUUCUACAAUAAAAUCAAUCAAAAACAUGAAAAACCAUUUUUACGACACGUCGUUUAACACUAGAUGAGACAUGUCCUCGUAGGUUGUUGGUUGAAUAAGAAAGCUGAAGUCUCCUUUGUCAAACUGCAGAUCUUUAUGAAAUGUGUGCUCAGUUCAACACACAUACAUGAUCCUCACUGUCACGCAACUAGUCAUUUGUAUUUUCACAACCAAUUACGUUUCUCCCUGGUGGCCAUUUUGGCUCUGGGCACAAUACAGAAAUAAAUAAAAGAAGAAACAUUA